AUGAAAAGGUCGGCCGGACGGACGGACUGUGCCCUGCGGACUGCGGAAGCAGCCGUCGGUCCGAGGCAGGUACUAGAGAAACGAUACGGAGGUCGUGCACGUGCCAACCGAGCUGCCAUCAUCAUCCAACGGGCGUAUCGUGACUAUCGUAUGAACAGACGAUGGCGAGAAAUGACAUCACCCACCCAAAGAUAUCCACUCUCUGCCGCAUUAGAUGAACAGCUACUUCUUCAAUCGAGAGCUGCUCAGACAAAAUUAGCCAAGGAUCGCAUAUCAAAUAGGUAUUUACCGUUCACAUCGUUGAGUGCUCAACUACGAGCAGAUCGUGCUCAACUGGCGGGUUCUUCGGAAUUGUUGUCAAGAAACAAACGAAAUCCGCCAUCCCCAUCGCCUUCGCCUAAUCCGAAUAGGAGUAUGAUAGAUCAGCUUUGGCGAUUGUCAUAUUACAAUAAGCCUGUGGUAUGUGGAGAAAUCAUUCUCUCCGCCAAAUGUAUGGACGGCUCAGCUUGGCAGUUGUUCUCUAUCACAAUUCCUGUCAACUGA